GCCGUCAAAUACAUCACUGCUACUUUAAGCGUCCUCCAGUGAGUAACACGGGCUUUUUUCGGACGAGAGCAGUUACGCCCAGUGCCACAGACGGCCGGGCGUGCCAGGGCUCCUCUGUCCACUGCGCGCUAUAUCACACUGCGGUGCAGCAUCCGGAGGACCGGGCAGGAUGAGCGCGACUCCUCUCCACAGAGCUCCACACGCAUACUGGGUGAAUGCGCAAUGAUCGACUCGCGGUUUGCCCUUUCGUCAGCCGUCCGAAACGAAACUCCUGGUUCAACACGGAUGCUGCGUCUUUUUUAAUUAUGCAUAACUGUUAUGUUUGUUUCUGGAUAGGAAUCGUCGCGGUGUGUUUUCGAGGAGCGCUAUGAAUGUGACGUCUAGCGGCUUUCUGAAGGAGAAGAGCAUCCUCUCCGUCGCCGGUGAGCGGGAUCGGGCGUAUAACGGAGCACCUUUUUUCUCAGCUGGACUAUAGUGCGGGGCCGCUCCUGUUGCUGAAGCCUGUGUGUGUGUAUAUAUAAUGCUCUCGGGCUCAAAGGAAUGAAUUGGACAUUUUUAUAAAAAAAAAAAAAAACGAGAGAGAUUCAACUCGAGAGACUCAACGCGUCAAAAAAAAAAGCUCUUGGUAUGGCUGCAAAGUCCUUAGAACCGGGAUCUGUUUCCAUUCCCAUGGAGGAGACCAAGCGUGCUGGAGGAGCCCCUACGGAUGCUGCCAUGCUGACCCACCUGAAGAAGGUGGAGAACCAUAUCACAGAGGCACAGAGGUUUUCUCACCUGCCUCGGCGUUCAGCGGUGGACUUAGAGUUUACAGAGCUCUCCUACACCAUCCGUGAGGGCCCCUGUUGGAGGAGGCGAGGAUUUAAGGCCCUUCUGAAGUGUCUUUCUGGAAAAUUCUGCAGUCGGGAGCUCAUUGGAAUCAUGGGACCCUCGGGGGCCGGCAAAUCCACUCUAAUGAACAUUCUUGCUGGCUACAGAGAGACAGGCAUGAAAGGUCAGAUCCUCGUAAACGGGAGACCCCGUGACCUCCGCACCUUCAGAAAAAUGUCAUGUUAUAUCAUGCAAGAUGACAUGCUACUGCCACAUCUAACAACACGAGAGGCAAUGAUGGUUUCAGCUAACCUUAAACUUAAUGAAACCAUGGAAGUGAAAAAAGAACUGGUGAAUGAGAUCCUCACAGCAUUAGGACUGCAGGAGUGCGCUCACACUCGCACCAUUUCUCUGUCGGGUGGCCAGUGUAAACGGCUGGCCAUUGCUCAGGAGCUGGUCAAUAACCCGCCUGUCAUGUUUUUUGAUGAACCCACCAGUGGUCUAGACAGCGCGUCCUGUUUCCAGGUGGUGUCCUUGAUGAAAUCUCUGGCUCAAGGAGGUAGAACCAUCAUCUGUACCAUCCACCAGCCCAGUGCUAAGCUGUUUGAAAUGUUUGACAAGCUUUAUAUCCUGAGUCAAGGUCAGUGUAUAUAUAAGGGAACAGUACCGUACCUUAUCCCCUACCUGAAAAACCUUGGACUCCACUGCCCUACGUACCACAAUCCUGCAGACUUUAUAAUCGAGGUGGCCUCAGGAGAGUACGGUGAUCUGAACCCUGUGCUCUUCGAGGCGGUUCAGGGAGGCCUGUGCUCAGAUGAGAGCAAGAAGAACUCCAGUGACAAGAACGACGCCACCACAUCCUGUCCCUCCCAGUGUUAUAAUGAUUCAGGCUACAUUGAGAAACACACUUUUGCCACCAGUACCCUGACACAGUUUUGCAUCCUCUUCAAGAGAACCUUCAUCACAAUAUGCAGGGACAUGGUGUUAACCCACCUCAGGGUGAUGUCACACCUGUGUAUCGGUGUGCUGAUUGGACUACUGUACCUAAACAUUGGGAAUGAUGCCAACAGAGUGUUCAACAACACUGGCUUCCUGUUCUUCUCCAUGCUGUUUCUCAUGUUUGCUGCACUCAUGCCCACCGUCCUGACAUUUCCACUGGAGAUGUCUGUGUUUAUAAGGGAGCAUCUUAAUUAUUGGUACAGUCUAAAGGCAUAUUACCUGGCCAAGACCAUGGCUGACAUUCCAUUUCAGGUAAUUUGUCCGAUAAUGUACUGCAGUAUAGUGUACUGGAUGACAGAGCAGCCUCCAGAGGCAGGCAGAUAUCUGCUCUUUAUGGCCCUGUCCACCUCCACUGCUCUAGUGGCUCAGUCUCUGGGGCUUCUCAUUGGAGCUGCUUCCACCUCCCUUCAGGUUGCCACAUUCGUAGGUCCAGUCUCUGCCAUCCCAGUCCUUCUGUUCUCUGGCUUUUUUGUCAACUUUGACACCAUCCCCAAAUACCUUAAAUGGAGCUCCUACGUGUCAUAUGUCAGGUAUGGCUUUGAGGGUGUGAUCCUCUCCAUCUAUGGCAUGAAUCGCUCAGAGCUGGAGUGUCCCGGAGUGGCGUGCAAGUUCCAGAAACCAGAGGAGGUGCUGCAGAUGCUAAAUGUGGAGGAUGCUAAGCUCUACGUGGACUUCAUUGUGCUGGGGGUCUUCUUCUUAAUUCUGAGACUUGCCACUUACCUAGUUCUGCGUUACAAAGUCAAGUCAGAGCGCUAGAGCCAAAACUCAUCAUCACUCUUUUAAAUGCACAUAAUGAUCUUUUUGCAAUGGACGCAGAAGCCAAUGAAAAUUGAUCACUGGGCCAUUGUUUGGCAGUGCAACAUUUAACCACAAUUUAGUUUUUUUUUCUACUUGAAAAAAUAUUUUUGAUUCUCUAAGUAUAGAAUUGUUUUAUUCAAUUUUCAUUUUUGAAUGUAUUCCAUGCAGUAACAGUGUAAAUGCAUUUUACCCGUGACUGAACUUUGAAGCAUGAGUCUCUAUUGACAGGACUGGAUGUAUUUAUAAUGACAAUCCCGUGACAGCUCCUGAUAGCAUGUGGAUUGGCCAACAGCCAACAUGCGAGUUUAUACCGUAUUGAAGGAUCAUCACAUUGUCUCUCUGUUAAUGCAUUUAAUUCCGACUAAAGAACAUCGUCAAAAUGUGUUUCGAAGGAGUGUUCUGCAUGCUUGAGGCACUUGAGGACUUGCAAGCAGCAGGAGCGAGAGUGCAUUAGAUGUUUUGAAUGAAUCGUCCAACCAGCGUAUCUUCAAUUCCAAGUUUGUCUUCCCACAAUACACUGAAUUUAUGGAGAAAAAUAUCUCCCGCGACCUGCUGAAAAUUAAGACUUCAAUGAUCUCCCGAGGCAAUUCUGGGCAAAGCAUCAAUGUCAACCUAAAUCUACCCAUUUGAGGAAUGUUGCAGCAAGUGCCCUUGAUCAUUUUUUUCUGAUGGGGAACUGGAAUACCUUGCUGGAGAAACAUUUUGGCAUUUUGUCAGCAUCAAUAUGUCCUGUUACCUUGAAUUCUCUGACAACUGCCUCUGUGGUAUCCUGAGAGAGAAACAGACAAUAGUUUGUGGGGGUUUUUUCUCUCGUUUUCAUCAGGAGGGAUCAAACCUUGUAUAAACUUGUAUAGUACAAAAAAAACUCCCUACAGUGACCAAAAAACGUGAAUCAGCUAAUCACAAAGCACCACUGAAAAGCGACACAUCUAAUGCGAACAUCUAUUAAUUACUGUCCAAAUAGCACUCACUGUUUCUUUUUGCUUCUUUUCGCUGGACACUUAAUCUGCACAGCUGAGGAUGUCAGGACAUUUGCGGUUACUUGUAAGUGACACAAUCACAUACCGGGAUAGAGAUGCUGGAUGAACACUUUAUACCAUUUUCAGUGGUGUGGUGCGCUUUUCUGGAUGGAUAAAUCUCUUGUUUGGACCUAUAUGUACACUUCCUCUUCUCUGCUUCUCCCUUCUAGCAGCCAGGCUAUUCAAUACCGCAAUGCAAACAUCUUCACAACUGACUCUGGAAAUCUUUUCGAGUCCUGCUAUGUGUUAUGUCUCCUUAUAUAACGAAGACUACUAAUAAUCUGAGUAUAUACACGAAGAAAAAGUAUAUGUGUUAUGCUUCAAGCAAGAUUGUAAAUACAUGUAUGCACUUUUGUUGAUGUUGUUUUAUUGGAACUUUUCAGGACAUUUGUUUGUAAUUAAUUUUAUUUUUAUAUUAGUAAAAAUGACAUGCAAUUCUUGAAAAGGGAGUGGAAAAUGCACGAUGAACUUGAAAUCAAAACACAAGAUGCUGUGACUGAGGAAUUUACGUUGCACAUGUGUUGUAAUCCAAAAAAUGCUCCCAAAAUUACUGAAAAAUCUGCAGCGGGUUUAUUUUAGGACAUGUUUGUAUUGUUUUAGAAUGUUACCAUUUGGCGAGCUGACCUCUUUUAAAAAAUGUGAUAUGCAGGCUUUGAGACAGGAAGACGGCUUCCAGAAAGCGUUUGCGUUUAGUAGCAUUUAGUUCUAACACGUAGUACUGUAAGGUACGAUUGCUCUUUUUCUAGAACAAUCUGUCCGUCGAAACAUUGCACACAGCUUUCAAGAUGAUCUUUUGGUCAUUCUGCAAAUGAAGAAUUGCUGCUGUAAAAUCAUUUUUGCUUUUUUUGCCAUGUGGUAUACCCAGGGAAAAACCAGGCCAACUCUUGGUUGCGGAUGUUUUUUUCAGAAGAGCUGCUUUAGAGCAAGAGAUCAAUGAAGUUAUUAGCUGCUCAAGAGUCAACAAUCCAGUAUUCGAUAUUGCUUAGACAAAGAGUGUUAUAUGUUCUAUUUCCUUUUGAGUCAUUGGAGAGGUUUAGAGAAAGGAAAUGUUCACCAUCAAGAACCUUUCUUCUAAUGGUACACAGACAUCUAGCAUAGAGAGUUGGGUAAUACCUGUUUCUAAUAGCAAUAGUAUUGUUCUGUGCCUAGUGAGUGAUAUUUCCUAUCUAAUCCUUGAAUAUUCUAUAUAUUUCCAGUGGUCGUCUGUCAAAUCUCUAUUGUGUACAAAUCAUCAUUUUACUUGUCUAUGUCAUAUGUGUCGAUAUGGGUUUCUGUAUGUGGAGUCUCAGCUGAAAGAUGUCGAGAGACACCCGGAUGAUAUCAUAUUUCACACACUUACGUUUAAUUACCUUCAUUUCUCUUUAAGCGAAAGACUUUUUGUUUUUAUGCGGAAUGCAUGCCUUAACGAAUAAGAAGCAUUUGAUGGCUCUAUCUCAGAUAAGAAAAUAAAAAAGAUAAGCAGGUAAAGUGCAAAUUCAUUUUCCGAGAUAUUUAAAAAGACAUUUGUUGAUUCUGUUUUGGGUUUUGUAUAUGAAGACGUUUCGGCUUUCGCAGCAAUGAGAGUUAAUGCAGUUUGCUUCCCAGUUUUGCAGCGUAAUUAUUAUUUUCGCCUCAUCAGAAAUGCAAGUUAUGUGUGCUAAACCAUGUUCAAAUGAUUAUAAUAAAUGCAUUCAUAUAUUAACUACA